GCAGAUAGAGAUGUGCUGUAUGCUAAAGACAAAGUACAGCGUGGCGUGGGUACAGUCGCGUCGUCGAUGCUAAGCUAGCAGUAACGUGUGCAUGUACAUGUCCCCCGUUUAUUUAUCGUACAGGUGCAGUAUACAGCUAGUGACUUAGUGCAGUGUCGACCGUGGACGUGCAUGUGCAGUUAGUAAAUUUGGACGUUUAAUUGCUUGCAGUGCAGUUACUGAGUUAAAAUGGAGUCUGAACAGGAAAGAAAGCUUUUUCUAGGUGGGCUGAAUUACAACACAAAAGAUGACGACAUCAAGAAAUAUUUUGGCACAUUUGGAAAAAUCGUGGACUGUUGUGUUAUCAAAGAUACAAAUUCACAGAAGUCCAAAGGAUUUGGAUUCGUCACAUUCUCCAGCCGAAAGGAAGUUGAUGAUGUUAUGAAAGCUAGGAAAGAAAAUCCUCAUCGACUUGAUAACAGAGAUAUUGAUGUGAGAAGAGCCAUGUCAAGAGAUGAGAAGGGACCAAAGAAUCCCUCAUUCAAGUGUUUCUUGGGUGGCAUCCCAAGGGAUACCACAGAGGAGGACUUGAGAAAGUACUUCGGUCAAUUUGGUAACAUCGUUGAAUUUGCAUCACAUCUCAACAAAGGAUUUUGUUUUAUCACCUAUGAUGACACAGACAGUGUUGAUCAGAUUGUCAUGCAGAAGCACCAUAAGAUUAAUGGGAAGAAGGUUGAAGGAAAGAAGGCAUACUCUAAGGAAGAGAUGAAUGAAAUGAAGAUGAAAGAACAGCAGCAACAAGGUGGCUUUGGUGGACCUGGUGGCUACAGAGGCUAUGGAGGAGGAGGAGGAGGAGGAUAUGGUGGAGGAGAUUACCAAGGUGGAUAUGGCGGUGGCCAGGGAGGAGGAGGUGGCUAUAACCAAGGAUAUGGUGGAGGACCAGGAGGUGGUUUCGGAGGAGGUGGUGGCUAUGGUGGUGGUGGCGGCUACAGUGGCGGUAGUGGUUAUGGCGGCGGCGGCGGCAAUUUCAAUGACUUUGGUUCCAACUAUGGAGGACAGAACUCUAACUAUGGACCUGUGAGAGGAGGUGGUGGAGGCAGCGGUGGAGGAGGAAACUAUGGAGGAGGGCGCAACCAAGGGCCUUACCCAAGUAAUAAUGGUGCUCCAUACAGUGGUGGAGGACAGGGUGGACCACAGGGCUAUGGAGGUGGAGGCGGAGGUUACCAAGGUGGUGGUUACGGUGGUGGACAAGGAGGUGGUGGUGGUUACAGUGGCGGUGGUGGAGGCUACCAAGGCGGUGGUGGUGGUGGCUAUGGAAAGAGAUUCUAAGUGGUAGAGAUUUGUUUUAUAUGGUAGCCAUCGAGGAAACACCUGCUAGAAGCCCGGAACAGGAACACACAUAUUGAUAGCUCCCCUGUACAUAAGUUAGGCUGAAAGGAAGAAAUCUGAUUAAUAUGACUUCACAUGAUCAAUAGUUAGCAGCCAUUAACAAGCAAGGAUCAGGAGCUUCCCAUUAGCUUAUUAAAACUUGUCUACCCUGACACUAUAAGGGAAGUUAACAGACAUUAACGAGCAAGGAUCAUAAGCUUAAAGUUAGCUCUUUCUCUACCUUACCACAACCAGUUAGCGAAAACAGGACCACUUUCCCUGUAAGCACCGUGCAAGGAACAAUAACACUUAUCUGGAAAACAAGCAUAGAUAACUGUCGAGACUUUUGAAUGAAGCCUACAUGUAAAGGCAUACAACUCCUCUGUACAGACUCCAAGCAUAUCACAUCGAGUAAAAAUUAUAAAUUGCCUUUUAAAAUUUCUAUUCAUUCUUUUUUCUUGAAGGAUUGUCAGAACAUUUACACCUCAUAAUUUGCCAAUUUAUUGCUAGUAAUGGUUAUUUAUGGUUAAGUGCUAUGUCUUGCUCAUUUUGAGAAAAUGUAACUAUUUGGAACUCCCCCUUCAUUCCAUAGACUUUGGCCUUGUAUAAGUUAUGAAGCAGCAAGAAAUUAGCAUUGUUGAUGCAUAUAUCCAUCGAAAUAACUUGGGCAUAAUGUCAUGUUAGGUAAUUGUCAGUUAUAAAUGUACUUAUGAAACAAAAAUUAAAUUCACAAUUCUUUAAGAUGUACAGUCUUUUUCCUUUCUCUCUAGACUAUGGUAAAUACUCUCAAUAUGUAAUUUUCUUGAAUAGUGAUUAAGUCGGUCAUACUUCAGAUAAAGAAAACAAUAUAAUAGCCUCAUACUAGUUGUUUCCUAUGCUUUACAUUGAACUAUUAGGGGACCUAUCUUCCUAUGAAAGGCUUGGAUCUGUACAGUGUAAAUAAUAUCUGUCCAAAUUACUUGAUUAUAUGUUGUUUGGGAUUCUGUAUGUGUUUAUCUACUUCAGUUAUUUAUGGUAAUGUUAAUCAUAGUGAUAUGGAUUGGUGUUUCAUCCCACUUGCCCAUUGAUAUCCAUUUUAAUACUCUUAAUAAUGUUUUUAAUGAAUUAUUGGUACAAUUUGUCCAUCAUGUAUUCAAUUUGAAAAAAAAAAUAUCUGGAUAUUGUUGUUAAUGUAUAUAUAUGUAAUAGACAGCAAUUCACAUGAUGGUUGAGCAAGUUCUCACAUGUAACUUUUUCAAGAAAAAAAAUUAGUUGUUUCAUGAGGGCCAACAGAGAUCUGUGAUAUUUUUAAAUACUUUUUAUUUACAGAUACAGUCAUAUGUCCAUAUUACUAAGUUUCACUUAGAUAAUCAUGUGUUUUAAGUGUGAGUUAUUGUGCUAAUUAAAUGUUUGAUAAUCAUUGAAAAUUUGAA